AUGGCGUUUGCUAUGUGUCUCCUCUUAACGAUUAUCUUCACGACGGCAAGCCAUGCAAUUAAGAAGAAUGAGAUCGUGAUGAAUGCUUCCGAGGGUACUGAAGUCGGUAGCACCAUUGGAUCUCUAGCCACAUCAUAUAGUGCUGGUGCUCGUGAGACUACCUACAUUGGAAUGCUUAAAGCCGACUCAUUAUUUAACAUCGAGAGAAAUGGAAAAGUCGUGGUUGCUAGGCCCAUCGACUUGGAAUCACUCUGCCAGGAGAGGGUUAUUUGUUGUAGCAAUUCAAAACCCUGUCAACUCUCUUACACAGUAAUGGUUGAAAAUUCGCUAUUUGAAAAUUUGGCUGAGAUUCAGCUUCGGAUCCGGAUUAUGGAUACUAAUGAUCACGCACCAAGAUUUCGUAAACCCAAUGGACAGGUGGUUCAAAUCUAUGAAAAGGCCGUGAUCGGAACUUCCAUUAGCAUUGAACCUGCCGAUGACGGCGACUGGUCACUGGAGAAUCAGAUCCAACGGUACGCUCUUCAUGGAUCUGAUAUUCAACGAUACUUUGACAUUGACAAUUCUAAUCUACCUCGCGUUGAACUGCGGCUUCGAGAACCAUUGGAUUAUGAAAAGCAAUCGACAUAUGAGGGUACUCUUGAGGCUUGUGAUAGGCACAACUGUACCACUACCCCUUUAACGAUUAAUGUAAUUGACGUUAAUGAUAAUCUUCCAUUCUUCCACCCCCCUCUGGAAUAUAGCUUGUCCUUACCCGAGGACACACCAAGUGGGAAAAUAAUUUUACGUCUCAAUGCAACGGAUAAUGAUUCACCGCCAAAUGCUCGAAUGCGUUUUGAGUUCGAUGGGUCUGGAGACCCUUCAAUUCCUACUUACUUCCAUUUGGAUCCACUCACUGGAGCUAUAUCCCUAGCCCGCAGGCUUCAAGCUGAUGCUCAGCUAAAUUACCAUUUUAAAGUUCGAGUCAGAGAUGUUUCCGAUUCUGCACCCGAGGGCACCUACAACGACCUUCAGCGUCAAAACACAGUCACCGUUAACGUUCGAGUUGAAGAUAUAAAUGACUUCGCUCCGGAUAUUCAAAUGGUAAUUCCCCCCGAAGGCUCCGAAGUUUGGGUGCCUGAAAACUCACCUCCAACCAAGAUUGUUACGCUAAAAGUCGACGACAGAGAUCUAGGCGAUAAUGGUCAAGUUUCCUGCAGUCUAGACAGCCCCGAUGGCAGUUUCGAGUUAAAACCCCUGGUCUCCUCUGUGUACACUCUCCAUAGUCUACGCAAGUUCGAUGCUGAAGUUGAGCCUAUCAUUUUCGUAAAUGUAACUUGCACAGACAAGGGCACACCACGACCUAAAACUACUCAAAAACUUAUUGUGGUGCGUAUAGAGGAUGAAAAUGAAUUUGAACCUGUGUUCCUGAAGAAGGAUUACACUGCAAGGAUCACAGAAAACGCUCCAAACAAUACUUUUGUUCUUCAGGUUAUCGCGAGGGAUGAAGACCAAUCAGCACAAUUGGAAUACAGUCUCAAAGGAGAUGAUGAUCGCUACUUUAAGAUUGAUCCUGGAACAGGAAAGAUCACAACCAUGGAGCGAGACGUGUAUCAAAUGAGUCGACUGGAUCGUGAAAUGACCCCCGAAAUCACAUUCUUUGUUUUUGUCAGAGACGCCAAACCUGAGCGAGUGACUGAUGGGGGGAAAGGCGAUAGUCAAAAGUCCAAUCGCGUUGUUCAUACUGCUCAAGCUACCGUCACUGUCUACUUAAUAGAUGAGAAUGAUAACGCCCCGUCUUUCACGGAUAUUGGUCCAUUUUACCUCUCGGAGAAUCAGCCCAAGCACUCAAAAGUGAAUGGUCAUCUUAAUGCUGUAGAUCCAGAUGAUGGGCUCAAUGGAAAGGCGAGUCAGAGUGCUCUUAUUGCCUUCUUGCACUUUCAUGCUCUUUACUUUUUUUCUGGGUAUUAG